CACAAACAUGAGCGAUUGAUGAAUAUGCCGACAAGACAUGUCUACUUCCUCUUUAUCGUUCCAUUCUGCAAUUUAGAAUCUAUUAACUCCAUUGCCAAACUCCAUUCUGAUAGCAACAAAGAGAGAUUUGGAAUUCCACCUAGCUUGGAGAGAGUAAGCAGCACAAACCGGACAUGCAAAAUGAAAGAUGGGUUUGGAGACAAAGUUAAGGAUGACACCUAAAUUGUGACAAACCAAACCCCCCACGUUUUGUAGAUGCAGAGAAGAAGGAAUCAGAUUCUGCAAUCUCUCUCUAACCUUCUUUCCUCUACCUGUAGGAAAAAGGCAGCAGCAGAAUCAUAAUAAUCGAUCAUCACCUCAACAUAUAAAUCAUCACGAAUACCUCCAAACUAGACCUUUUCCAGGCCCCAACGCACACAUCAUAACAAAAUCUUUUUCCAAAAUGUCGGUUCUAGGCUACGUUCCUGUAAAGAGCUGUUGUAUGGUGAUGAGGCUGAACCUAGACUGCAACUCUUGUUGCAGGAAAACAAGGAGAAUCAUUCUCAGAAUCAAAGGGGUGGAGACGCAUAUGAUAGACAAGCAGCAAUGCACCGUGACGGUGUGCGGGAGAUUCAGGGCAUCGGAUGUGGCGAUUAAGCUGAGGAAGAAGAUGAAGCGCAGGGUUGAAAUCCUUCAUAUCGAGGAGGAGGAGGAGGAGGGCGACUUCGGCAGCGGCGGCCAUCGACAUGAUCAGCCACCAGCUGAUCAUCAAAGCAUUGAUAUAAGUCAUUAUGCUCCUCAUCAUCACCCAGCCUUCAUUGCUGCCACUAAUGGCGACUGAUCCAUAUAGUACACAAAAAGCUCUAUACACGGUACAAAAUAGACCAAAUCAUAUAUGUAGCUAGCUAGCUAGCUAGCUAGAGAAUAUGUAACAUAGUUUGGGAAGGUGAUGAACAAAUCAGGGCUGCAUUUCUUUUACUCUAUCUACUCCUUUCAUAGCUUGUUUUCAUGUUCCACUUGCAAAUGACGGCCGACUUUGACUACCCUGAUAAAUGAGGGUGUAAUGUAAAAUCGUGAAAUCCAGGCAAUGCAAUUAAAACAGUGAAAUCCAUGGUAUUUAUGAUGUGGAAAUGCAUUGGGAAGAUUGCAUAACUAACAAAAACAUGUUUUCAGG